AUGGGCCCAAAGCGAGUUCUCAUUACUUAUGGAGUCGACGUGGAUGCCGUGGCGGGAUGGCUCGGCUCGUAUGGAGGCGAGGAUUCUACGAACGACAUUAGCCGGGGUGUCUGGGCGGGAACUGUCGGGACUCGGCGCCUCCUGAAGCUUUUCGACAAGUACGACAUCAAGACAACCUGGUUUAUUCCCGGUCAUUCGUUGGAGACUUUCCCGGAAGAGAUGGCCGCAGUUCGUGACGCUGGGCACGAGAUCGGACUUCACGGUUAUUCGCACGAGAACCCAACGGAUAUGAGCAUUGAGCAACAGCGAGACGUGCUCGACAAGACCUACCGCAUGCUCACCGAGUUUGCUGGUAAACCACCUCGAGGAAGCGUUGCGCCCUGGUGGGAGACCAGCCAGGAGGGCGCACAGCUCCUCCUCGACUACGGAAUUGAGUAUGAUCACAGCAUGAGCCACGAGGACUGCCAGGCCUACUACUUGCGCACCGGUGACAGUUGGACAAAGAUUGACUAUGGCAAGAAUGCAGAGACUUGGAUGAAGCCGUUGGAGCAUGGUCCGCAGACAGGUCUCGUGGAGAUUCCAUCCAACUGGUACAUCGACGACUUGCCUCCGAUGAUGUUCAUCAAGAAAGCGCCGAACAGCCAUGGAUUCGUCAACGCGCGUGAUGUAGAAGAUAUCUGGCGCGACCAUUUCGAUUAUUUCUAUCGCGAGUACGACGAAUUCAUCUUUCCCAUCACAAUUCACCCGGAUGUCUCCGGAAGACCACAUGUGCUUCUAAUGCAUGAACGUCUGAUUGAGCACUUCAAGAAACACGACGGCGUGGAGUUUGUGACGAUGGAGCAAAUGUGCGACGAGUUCAAGAGAAAGAACCCGGAACCUGAGGGGGCAUUGAUGCCUGCACCCGCCGGAGCGAUGCUUAAGAAGUAG